AUGGUCGCUGGCGCGGACAACCCCUACUUGGCCCAUCUGCCCGAGUCGGGCGCACUCGAUGGCUUUAUCCCCAGAAAGGUUUCAGGUAAACAAGUCUUGGAGGCCAUGGAUCAUUCGACAAACCCGUUCACUGGGAAACAAUACUCGAAACAGUACAAGACCAUCCUCGAACAUCGCAAGGCUUUACCCGUCUUCAAACAGAUGGCAGAUUUUUACAAGAUGUAUAACAAGAGCCAAUUUGUGGUGAUGGAAGGUGAAACAGGAUCAGGAAAAACAACUCAAAUUCCGCAGUAUGCGGUUUAUGGCGAUCUUCCUCACAUGAAAGAUCGACAGAUUGCUUGCACCCAACCAAGACGAGUGGCAGCCAUGAGUGUUGCAAAGCGUGUGGCUGAUGAGAUGGAUGUCAAGCUUGGUGAAGAAGUCGGCUACAGCAUCCGAUUUGAAGAUUGCACCAGCUCAAAGACGAUUCUGAAGUAUAUGACCGAUGGUAUGCUGCUCCGAGAGGCUCUGCAUGACAACCUUCUUUCGCGUUAUUCAACUCUGAUCCUUGACGAGGCUCACGAACGUACCCUUGCAACCGAUAUCUUGAUGGGCUUGUUGAAAGACAUUGCAAAGCGUCGCCCUGACUUGAAGAUCAUCGUCAUGUCUGCCACACUCGACGCGGCCAAGUUCCAGAGCUAUUUCAACUCGGCACCACUGCUCAAGGUGCCUGGUCGGACAUUCCCGGUCGAAACGUUUUACACACCCGAGCCUGAACCCGAUUAUCUCGAAGCUGCGAUUCGUACAGUCUUGAUGAUCCACAGAGAUGAAGAGCCCGGCGAUGUGCUGGUCUUUCUUACUGGUGAAGAAGAAAUCGAAGACGCGUGUAGAAAGAUCAGCAUCGAAGCCGAUCAGCUUCUCCAGACUUCCUCCCAUGUUGGCCCAUUGAAAUGCGUUCCCCUUUACUCCUCUCUCCCCCCUCAACAACAACAACGCAUCUUUGAUCCGCCGCCGCCCCCGCUCACCCCCAAUGGACCCCCCGGCCGAAAAGUUGUCAUCUCAACAAACAUCGCCGAAACCUCAUUGACGAUCGAUGGGAUUGUAUAUGUGAUCGACCCCGGAUUUUCGAAACAAAAGAUCUACAAUCCACGUAUCCGAGUUGAAUCCUUGUUGGUCUCACCCAUCUCCAAAGCUUCUGCCCAACAACGAGCCGGUCGAGCCGGUCGUACACGGCCCGGAAAGUGUUUCAGGUUAUACACCGAAAGCAGUUUUGUGAAGGAAUUGGAGGACCAAACCUACCCGGAGAUUCUGCGGUCGAACCUGGCCAGUGUGGUGCUAGAAUUGAAGAAAUUAGGGGUCGAUGAUUUGGUUCACUUCGACUACAUGGACCCCCCAGCCCCUGAAACCGUCAUCCGAGCGUUGGAACUGCUCAACUACUUGGCUGCGUUUGAUGAUGAAGGCAACCUGACUCCGCUUGGAGAGAUCAUGGCCGACUUUCCGUUGGAUCCUCAAUUAUCAAAGAUGUUGAUUUCUAGCCCUGAGUUCAAAUGUAGUAACGAAAUAUUAAGUAUCGCUGCUAUGUUGUCUGUGCCCAACCCAUUUCUUCGACCCCACAAUCAGCGCAAGGAAGCUGAUGAUGCCCGGGCGCAAUUCACCCAUCCCGAAGGAGAUCAUUUGACGCUUUUGAACUUAUUUCAUGCAUACAAAGCCAGUUCUGAUCCGAACAGCUGGUGUUGGCAAAACUACGUCGCCAACAGAGCGAUGUUGCAAGCCGACAACGUGCGCAACCAGUUGAAGAGGACGAUGGAACGGUUCGACCUCGAUCUCGUGUCAAUCGACCACAAACAUAAGGACUAUUUCAAAAAUAUCCGGAUGGCUGUCACCACCGGUUACUUCAUGCAAGUGGCCCACAAAGAACGCGAGAAAGGCGUCUACACUACUAGGGAUGGUCAGAUCGUCGGCUUGCAUCCUAGCUGCGGUCUCGAUAGCAAUCCCGAAUGGGUCCUCUACAAUGAGUUCGUCUUGACCACUCGAAACUUUAUCAGGAUUUGCACGGAAGUGAAACCGGAAUGGUUACUUGAUUUCGCACCGUUAUACUACGAUGUAAACACGAUGCCGGAUGGCGAAGCCAAACGAGCCCUCCAAAAAAUUGCCAUAAGGAAAUCAAACUCGGCGACUUCUAAACGGAUCGAAAACGACCAGGAUCCUGAGUCUAAGGCCCGCAAACGUCAACGAAAAUUGGAUAAAAAAUUGAAGGCUGCCAAGUAA